AUUCAUGUGAAAAGUCCACAAACAGCAGUUGGGAUCGAGAACAGUAGAAAACCCCACCACUGCCAAUAUAUUGAAAAGAAGUUGAAAGUUUGUGUCGGUUCUCAGUUGGAGGUUGGAUUUUUACCCUGACGGAUACUGAGAAUGAGCGCGCGCGCAGCUGGAGCGGCGCCCGUGAGGCGGCUGUGGGCAGGCCUCUUGGUGUUCGCAGUGGUGGCGUCCUGCAGUUGGGGAACAGCGUCUGCUCGAAGUGCACCGGUCACCCCAGCGCCUAAACUCAAGAUGCCAAGCCACCAAGCCUUUGCGAACGCCGGAAAGACAGCGGGUCUUGAGAUCUGGAGGAUCGAGAGCUUUGAGCCCAAGCCAUUCCCGAAGAAGGACUACGGAAAAUUCUACACUGGUGACUCCUACAUCGUUCUUUUUACCAAGAAUGUUAAGGGGUCUUUGAGCUGGGACAUUCAUUUCUGGCUCGGAAACGAAACUUCCCAAGAUGAAGCCGGCGCUGCCGCUAUACUGUCCGUGGAACUGGACGAUUCCCUCGGAGGAGCGCCCGUGCAGUACAGAGAAACCCAAGAUCACGAGUCACAACUGUUCCUGUCUCACUUCCCGUCAGGAGUGCGUUACAUGCCUGGUGGAAUCGCAUCUGGCUUCCACCACGUAGACAAGGACAAGGUGGAGAAGCGCCUCUUCCAGGUUAAAGGACGUCGCAAUGUCCGCGUUCGCCAGAUCCCUGUUGGAAUUUCCACCAUGAACAAGGGCGACUGCUUCAUUUUGGACGUGACCAAGGAAAUUUUCGUCUACUGCGGCAUGAACAGCAAGCGCCAGGAGCGACUGAAAGCAAUCCAAGCGGCCAACCAGGUCAGAGAUCAGGACCACGGUGGAAGACCAAAGGUGGAAAUCAUUGAUAACUUCAGCAGCGAGGUUGACGUACAGAAGUUCUUCCGCGAACUUGGAGGUGGAUCGCGCGCUGAGGUGCCCCCAGAGGCGACUGGAGGAGAUGACGAUGCAUUCGAAGCCACGCAGGACAACAAAGUCACUCUCUUCAAAGUAAGCGACGCCUCAGGAUCCAUGAAGGUGGACAAGGUCGGAGAGAAGCCUUUGAACCAAAAUCUUCUGCAGUCCGCGCAAACAGGAGGUGCUCAGGAUUGCUUCAUUUUGGACACAGUCUCGUCAGGUAUUUUCGUCUGGAUCGGGCGAAGCUGCAACCAGAAUGAAAAGGUCGAAGCCUUGAAGAAGGCUGACCAAUUCUUGAAGGACAACAAGUACCCCGCUUGGACAAAUGUGCAAAGAAUUGUUGAGGAUGGAGAGCCAGUGGCCUUCAAGCAGUACUUCAGCACUUGGCGCGAGAAGCGCGUUGGACGCUCGAUCGGCUCCGGACGAGUCUACGACAUGAAGCAAAUCUCUGAAAACAUGCCCGAGACCGACUUCAACCCCGCCUCCCUCCACGCUGAAAAGCUGAUGCGUCUGCUGGCCAAGAGCUCAGGUCGCGCGUUCGGGUUCAUGCCUGACGACGGCAAGGGCAAGGUGGAGGUCUUCCGCGUCGAGAACUUCGAACUCGCGCCCGUCACCAAAACUGCUCCCGGAUUCUUCUUCGGCGGCGACUCUUACAUCAUCAAGUACACGUACACGAAGGGAAACAGGGAGAAUUACAUCAUCUACUUCUGGCAGGGCAAGGAUAGCACCCAGGAUGAAAAGGCGGCGUCCGCUCUGCAUGCCGUCCGCCUUGACAACGAACUUGGCGGCAAAGCCACUCAAGUCAGAGUCGUCCAGGGCAAUGAACCGCGCCACUUCCUCCGCAUUUUCCAAGGUCGAAUGGUUGUUUUCAUGGGAGGUCACGCCAGCGGCUUCAAGAACUUGCGCGACCACGACACUUACGACACUGACGGCGUCAUGCUCUUUCAGGUACGCGGAACUUGCGCGGAGGACGUACGCGCCGAGCAGGUGGAAGAAAAGACUCGCUCGCUGAAUUCUGACGAUGCUUUCUACCUAGUCACUAACCAAAAUGACUACCUUUGGUUCGGAAAGGACAGUUCCCCUGAAGAGCGGGAGAUGGCCCGCACUAUUUCUGGUAUGAUGGCCGAGCCAGAUACUAAAGUGAUCGAGUUGGAGGAGGGUAGCGAACCCGACGCAUUCUGGAAGGUGCUCGGCGGAAAAGGACCCUACACGAGCGAACCCAAGGACGACGACAAGCCCCUGUUGGCGCCUCGUCUCUUCCACUGCUACAUCCCCGAGAAUGGAGGAAAACUCAAGGUCGAGGAAAUUGACGAUUUCGAGCAGGCGGACCUGAACCAAGAUGACGUCAUGGUGCUCGACUCUGGAGACGAAAUUUACAUCUGGAUCGGCCAGGACUCGUCUAAGAGCGAGCAGGAACAGUCGAUGAAGAUGGCGGAGGCGUACCUGAAAACCGACCCCACGGACCGCAACCAAGACCAGGCUCUCAUUUUCACUCUGCGCCAGGGCUACGAAAACACGUCUUUCACCUCGCUCUUCCCGUCUUGGAACCCUAACAUGUGGAAGGUAGCAGGACCAACUUCAGUGAGAGACAUUAUAGGCUUUUUUUCACAUUCCAGGAGAUGGUGAACAAAUAAAUGCUUU